CAACCGAACGACAGAUCUAUGCCAACGACACGUUCUAUAACUACAGAGAUACACGUGACCUUGUGCGCGCUUUGGCAGACGAACAAACAUUGGUAUUGAAAUCCAUGGGCCCUGAAGUUUUAAUUGUGCUUAAUAACGUAACUUCUGAAAUGGAGCGUAUCUUUGAGGAAGCUAACAAAACKCAAUCAGAGGUAGAUGUUCUGAAAGUUGAUAAAGAAUUUGCCGAUGGACUAGAAUUGGGACUUAGGCUGACGAUGACAAGUGCAGCUAUUGCUAUACCAGGCAUGAAAAAACUUUGGACAAAAUAUUUGAAAGACAGCACCGUUGGGAAAAAAAUCACAGGG